AUGCAGCUCAUUACCCUCCUUUCGGCGGCCUCGGCCAUGGUCGCGACCACUUCGGCCACCUCCCUUAGAAGCGCUAUCGCCUUGACCAAGGACUGCGAUACCACCAAGCCCUACGCGCGCGUUAUCAACCGUUGCGACUACGACGUGCAUCUCUGGUCCGUCUACAAAGGUGAUGGCUGCCCCGAAGAUGGCAUGGUCACGCUAAAGACCGGCGAAACGUAUUCGGAGAACUACCCAGACCCAGAGCACGGUGACGGCAAGACUGGUGUCUCUAUCAAGAUCUCCAAGACCAAGCAGUGCAAAGGAGUCGACAUCACUCAGUUGGAGUACUUCCGCAAGAUGGAUGGCCCAGUGGACUUCCGAUACAACUACCUCGAUGUCUCCUACGUCGACUGCCUUGAUGGUGACUGCCCGGCAAGGAACGACGGAUACUACCUCAAAGCUGGUACCCAGAGUGAUGUCAAUAUCGCAUCUGCUGCCAACACCUUCUGCCCAAUCUUGGCCUGCCACGAUAAAGCUUCUUGCGACAAGGUUUCUUACGUCCUUCCCGACGACGUUCAGACCAAGUCCUGCUACAACGACCAAAACAUGGACUUCUACAUGUGCGGUGGCGAGGCGCCUUCCGGAGACUACGGAUCUUCUCCAAGCGAGUCUGAGUCUUCUGCUGAGUCUUCUGCUGAGCCUUCCACAAGCUCCAGCAAGCUGGCUGAGUACUCCGCUGUCAAGCCCACUUCCACCUCUGCUUCCUACGAGGACUCGUACACUGCCGAUAUCGAAGUGGCUGCUGCCGCGGUCACCCCUGCGCCCGAGAAGCAGGACGACAAGCCCUACCACAAGCUUACCAAGACCGUCUACGUCACCGCGGUCGAGUAUGUCAACGCAAAGAGGCACGCUCACGACCAUGCCCGCCGCCAUCAGCCUUUCCACGCAUAA